UCUGCAGCAGGGUUCUCCAGAGCUCCUGCCUCCGCGCUUAGGUCCGGAACCCGGGCCACCCACGGGGCGGUGGGCUCACCUUGGCCCUCGGCUGUGCAAAGCCCCGAAGACAAGACUAACUGGGUGCUGUUCCUCGUGGGGCUGAUCCCCGAGGCCCCGCUAUGGACGGCGAGAGCGAAGUGGAUUUUUCUAGCAACCGUUUAACCCCUUUGUGGCGGAGGCGGUCAACCCCUCAGCCCCAGCUGCUGGGCCGGAAUAAGCCGAGACCCCAGUCUUACCAGAGCCCCAGUGGGUUGCUGAUCACGGAUUUCCCGGUGGAGGACCGAGAGACGCUCCCUGCGGCUCAGAUUCCCGCCCAGGUGCCCACCGCCUCGAACGGCAGGACGGUCCAGAGGAGUCCCCUGCUUCUGUGCUCCCAUCGGAGGGUCAUGGCCAAUGGGAGGAGGACGGUCUCCCCAGAGUACAGGGCUGUCUCUCCUCGGCUCCGACGACCCAAGUCACCCCAGGCCCCUAAAGCAUUGUUGGGCGGCUCCCCCAAAUCCCCAGCGAAUGGAACGGUGACCUCAUCUGCGCCGCAGCCGCAGGCGCUGUGCCCCCCGCGGACUCCUAAUGCAUCCGCCCCCUGCAGCCCGGAGGACUCGACCGGAUUGACUGCCAGCCCCCUGCCUUCGCCGGCUGCAAAUGGGUUUACCCCUAAUACCGACUCCCCAGGCUCCCUUUUGCUAUCCGACCAGACAGCUAAGGACCCUGAGCGGGUACCCUCGAGACCCUCCCCUGCGCCCCAAGAAAGGUCUUUGGAACAAAAACUUGCCCUCCAAAGGCUGCCCUCACAGGAGAACGAGUUCCUGGAGAAUCAGUCAGUAGUUUUGAGCACAAACAGCCCGGCUGCCCUCAAAGUGGGGAAGCAACAGAUUAUUCCGAAGAGCCUGGCCUCGGAAAUUAAACUAAGUAAAAACAACAGUCAGAAUGUGGAGCCCCACAAGAGACUGCUUAAGGUGCGCAGCAUGGUGGAGGGCCUCGGAGCGCCUCUGGGCCCCGCAGAGGACGAAAGCGAGGCAGAGAACGACGUAGACAGCCCGGGGUCUCUGCGGAGAGGCUUGCGGUCUACGUCCUAUCGCAGAGCGGUGGUCAGUGGUGUUGAUUUUGACAGUCCUACCACCUCGAAGAAGAAGAACAGAAUGUCCCAGCCGGUUCUGAAAGUAGUGAUGGAAGACAAAGAGAAGUUCUCCAGCCUGGGAAGGAUAAAGAAAAAAAUGCUGAAAGGACAAGGACCAUUUGAUGGGGAAGAAAGUGCUGUCCUAUAUCAGAACUACAAAGAAAAGGCCCUUGACAUUGACUCUGAUGAAGAAUCGGAGCCCAAAGAACCAAAGUCAGACGAAAAAAUUGUGGUUCACCAUAAGCCUCUGAGAUGUGCAUGGAGCCAGCUCUCUGCAGUGAAAAGAAAUGGAUUAUCUCAGACAGUUAGCCAGGAGGAAAGAAAGAGACAAGAGGCUAUCUUUGAAGUCAUAUCUUCCGAGCAUUCAUAUUUACUCAGCUUGGAGAUCUUGAUACGAAUGUUUAAAAAUUCUAAAGAACUGAGUGAUACGAUGACCAAAACAGAGAGUCACCAUCUUUUCUCCAAUAUUACAGAUGUCUGUGAGGCGAGCAAAAAAUUCUUUACAGAGUUGGAAGCCAGACAUCAGAAUAAUAUCCUCAUAGAUGACAUAAGUGACAUUGUGGAAAAACACACAACAUCCACAUUUGACCCGUAUGUGAAAUACUGCACAAAUGAAGUCUAUCAACAACGAACACUACAAAAAUUGUUAGCCACCAAUCCAUCUUUUAAGGAAGUAUUGUCACGAAUCGAGUCCCACGAAGACUGCAGGAACUUACCCAUGAUCUCUUUCCUGAUUCUCCCCAUGCAGAGGGUGACGCGCCUUCCCCUGCUGAUGGAUACUAUCUGUCAAAAAACACCUAAGGACUCUCCGAAGUAUGAAGUCUGCAAAAGGGCCUUAAAGGAAGUAAGCAAGUUGGUUCGUCUGUGUAAUGAAGGCGCCCGGAAGAUGGAAAGGACUGAAAUGAUGUACACAAUUAACUCCCAGCUGGAAUUUAAAAUUAAGCCUUUCCCUCUAGUCUCCUCUUCCCGGUGGUUGGUAAAGAGAGGUGAGUUGACAGCCUAUGUAGAAGACACUGUGCUUUUCUCAAAAAGGACAUCCAAACAGCAAGUCUACUUCUUCCUCUUUAACGACGUGCUCAUUAUCACCAAGAAGAAGAGUGAAGAAAGUUACAACGUCAAUGAUUAUUCCUUAAGAGAUCAGCUAUUGGUGGAGUCUUGUGACAAUGAAGAGGUCACUUCUUCUCCAGGGAAGAACAGUUCCACAAUGCUUUAUUCCCGACAGAGCUCUGCCAGUCACCUGUUCAGGCUGACAGUCCUUAGUAACCAUGCGAAUGAGAAAGUGGAAAUGCUACUGGGGGCUGAAACACAGAGUGAUCGCGCCCGCUGGAUCACCGCGCUGGGACACAGCAGCGGGAAGCUGCCUCGGGACCGAACCUCACUAACCCAGGUGGAAAUCAUUAGAUCAUUUACUGCCAAGCAGCCAGAUGAACUCUCCCUGCAGGUGGCAGACGUGGUCCUCAUUUAUCAACGUGUCAGUGAUGGCUGGUAUGAAGGGGAAAGACUGCGCGAUGGAGAAAGGGGCUGGUUUCCUAUGGAAUGUGCCAAGGAGAUAACCUGUCAAGCUACAAUUGAUAAGAACAUGGAGCGAAUGGGACGGUUGCUCGGACUGGAGACCAACGUGUAGCCUCUCUGACGGCCUUUUGUUACUGCAAGAUUUGCACUACAUCAUGGUGGGCUGGUUGGUUCUGGGCUGGUUUUCUUGUUAAUGUUAACACAGCCUAUUGGAUUAAAAGAAGGCAAACAUUUGCCUUUAAGCUUGCCAGGGAGAUAUGUUCUCUCGGGAGAACAGCUACUGGAUACAUACAGUUAGUUCACAAAGCUCAGUUUGUAUUCCACGACCCUCUUGCAAACCUCUAGAGGCAAACAGAAUAGCCAGCCGACCAUGUCAGGGAGCAGACGGCCUCAGCAGCUCCUAGCUGCACCGCGCCUGGCGUUAAAAAAAGCAUAGAAGAUGCUGUGUCCUGAUUCUCCCUAUCCUCACUUAACCAAGAGCGUACUAUCCCUCUUUAAACAUCUCCUGCAUAUGGUUCCCCUAGUAUUAGCAAGGUUUUAUAUCUUUAAGGAAUGCCCAGUUUUAUAAAUAUUUUUCUGCCUUUUAUAGAUCUGAUUAUAAUGCUGUUGAUUUCAAAAGGAACUGAUCGAGUUCUGAAAAGGAGCUAAGAUUUUCUAAACCUCUUCCCAGGAAAGGGAAAUGGACACUUGAAUUUUUGCCACCUCUUUCCUCAAUAGAAGGGAAGGAGCCUUAAAAACAUUUAAAGAAUAAAUGAACAUUUCACCCAGUAUUGAUCUUAGAUAAAUAUAGUCUAAUACAACCUAAGCUACUCUAACAUAGAAUUUAGAUGGUUCACGUGUGUGAGAAAACCUUGAAUAUAGGAAAGGGGUCCAAUAUUUAAAAAUAAGCCCAAAGGAGCUGAUAAACUGACGUGAGGCUGCUUUGCCUUUAAUAAUGCAAGGUUUUUGACUAUCCCUAGUCCCAUUUCCAAACAGGAAAUGGACCGAAACUCACUUUAACGGUCUCCAAGAAGAUAAAAUUAGGCUUUACAAGGUAUCAGAAAGCCAGCAUGGUACUUAAUUGAAACAUAACAUGUUGACUUUAAUGGGAGCCCGUUUUACUUGGUGCCGAAGGCCUCAUUUGUUGGAUUUGGAGUCUCUCUUUACUGCAAGUGUCUGCAGAGCUUUAUUCCACUAGCGCAAGGAGAGAGAAAAGUCAUUUUUAAAGUAUGUUUCCUAAACAGGGAAUGAGGGCUUGGAAGACUGAGAGGGAGUGAAGUGAUUUUUACUGGCAGCUAUGUUCCCUCUCUACUCGUCUCUUCCACAGAGGGACAAAACCUGGCUAAGGACGCAUUAUGCAAAACUCAGAUCUUUGUGUGUCAUGUCCAAGCUACUGUCUGACAACCAGUUACCCAGAUUCAAUCAAGUUGCAGAAGCCUAGUACGGAGGUAAAUAUGCUUGGCUCACACGCCCUGCAUCCUGCCACCUCAACAGCGAGUCAAGGUGAGGCACCCUGGGCUUUCUCGCCCCUGGAUCGCUCUUCCUUCCCUGUGCAUUACAUUUCUGGGUGCAAACUACGUGCGAGGCCCUGAGUUCCCUUAGGUCCCAGCCAGUCUGUCAAUGAAGUCAUAGCGGUGGGCCACAGCAAGAGGUGUCUCCCAUCGGUCAAUCAAGUCAGUUUCCUCUUUUGUGUCAGACUUGGUGGAGGAGAGGCUAACAAGUUGUAAUCUAAUUCAAUGUGGUGUUUUUUUAUUUAGGAAGGUAAGUAAAUUUGUUGCUUUGCAAAGGGAUCAUUUUGUAUUAUUUUUGCUAACACCCAGUUGAAGCUAAAAAGCAACUAUACGAAUCCUGUGAAUUAAUUUAUAAGUAGAGAUGUUAAACGGUUGUGGAAACAUGUGCAUCUGCUAAAUCAAAGCCUUAUUUAGCAAGCAGGCUAAUACUGUCAUUAGAUAAAGAAUUGUUUGACGGCAGGCAUUUAACACAUUCACAAUCGUUAAGGUCAAUCGUGAAUUGUCAUUUUUACAUGCCACAGUUUUCCAACUUAGUUCAGUUUCUUUGACUAGCUUCUCUGAAUUGUACACUAUCAUUCAGUGACCUGUGGAGAAAAAAAUACUCAUUUUUGUCCCAGUGGAUGGAGACUGUUAGUAUACUUUUGGCAAAAUAUGUGAAUUUAUAAAGAGUUUGUAUAUACUUGUA